GUGUGUCUCACUGCCGGUGCGUGAGAGCAGCCUCACAUCUCAGCUUCCUGUCCGUCUGUAGUAACGUAACGUCUUCAAAUGGAGGUAGAGAAGCUGAGUUGCAGCGUUUCUCUCUCUCCUGUAAUCCUCCACUCCACUCUGGUCGUCAUACUGCUGAUUGUCGGCUUCGCAGCUGUUGAAGGUGACUCCCACGUGGUUGGUCCAGUUCAGCCAAUUGUGGCUGCUCCGGGUGAUGACGUCAUUCUGCCUUGUCACGUGGAGCCUCCGGAAACCGUGGCAGGAAUGACGGUGGAGUGGUCGAGGCCCGACCGUCAGCCGGACCCCAGAGACCGCCUGAGCCGGGUCGAAUAUGUGCAUCUCUACCGGGACACUCGCGAGGUCCCGGACAUGAAGAUCUCGUCGUACGUGGGUCGGACGGAACUGUUCACAGAAGGCCUGAGACACGGCAACAUAUCGCUGAAGAUCAUGAACGUGACGCUUGCAGACAGAGGGAGAUUCAGAUGUUUCAUCCCAAAGUUACACGGCCAAACACAGUGGUCAGUUGUUCAGCUUGUCGUUGAACAAAAAUCUCCUACAACCGAGACGCCUCUGCAACCCAGAAGUCACCAAACCUCUCAUCCAAGGAAAGAGGCAAAUGGUAAAGGUGAUUUGUCGCGUCAGAACAUUAUGAUCCCAGUCGUGGUUGUCUGCGUUGUCUUCCUGAUGAUCCUGGGUGUUGGAGUCAUAAGAUAUUCACCACAGGGUGUCACAAGGUGUCAAAAACACAAACUGAUAUUGGUACCGACUGUCUAGUAUUGGUAGACACCGACAAAGAUGAAAACACUGCCCCGCUUUUCUCAGCUCCUUUUUCUCAAGAUAUGUCCAAUUAGUUGAAGGAUUCAAACUAGCAACUCUUCCAGCUGCAGAUGGACUCACUGGAUCUGCAGAAGCGAGGUUUUUUAUGUUGUGGAAGAAAGCAGACGUCCACCCAAAGUCUUGUAAGUUUCUCCGAUUUGAACUCUGACUGUGUGACAUCUGCAGAGUCUAAGAUGUGAAAUAGAAGAUCUCUGACAUGUACAGUUGUUCACUUCAUGUCAUGAAGGGGAAAUUAAAUUGAAAGGCAUCAGGGUUAUUUGCAUCGGCUGUCUGGACUGAAACUAGUUUUUUUAUAGUCUCACCUGAUUUGAAUUUUGCUUCCAUAGCAUUGCAUGUGGCUUUUAGUAGGACCUGGCAGGAGUGAGUCACAGCUAAGUUUACAUUUGAAAUAGUCAGACAUUGUUCAUCAUGGAAAAAUAAAGGCUUUUCUGUUUUGCUACUUCCCUUACUUGUUAUUUAAUUCUGUUCUAAUUUAAUUAUGUGUUGUCUUUUAUGUGUGUGACAUGAAGAGGCUGUUGUGAAAUAGGAGAUAUAAACCUUGUAACAGUGGCUGUCAAGUGCCUCUUAUGUCUUAACUUAUUCUAAACUCUUGUUCUGUUGUUAUAUACUGUUUUUAUUGUAAGAUGUUCCAAUAAAAGCAGGCAUGUUAUUGGUUAAA